AUGCCAGUCAACAUCGUCUCCGAGUCGCUCGGCAGUAUCUCAAACUCCAAGCUGGUCUUCGGCGCUCUGGCGGGCAUUACAGCCUACGGCCUCAAAGUCGCGACAGCCGGCCGCAAGUCAAUCUGGGAGCGCGAGUGGGCCGGCAAGCUAAUUAUGGUUGUGGCGCCACCAGAACCAACAACCUUUGCCCUCCUCCACGCUCUCCUCCACCUCCCCUCCCCGCCACAGAUCUUGUAUCUCCCUCCUCUUCCAAGCCCACUCCCGUCAACCCUCCUGACAGUUCUCCACACCCUUAAGAUCGGGGUAACGAACCCGGCUGCUCAACUACAUUGCGAGCCCCUCCCGCCCACGGUGGUAGGUGUGAGGGACUUUGUGCGCAAGUGGUCGAGCCCGCACAAGGGUACGACUGGGGAGGAGGGGCGUCGGGUGGACGCGAUUGUGCUUGGUGGAUCUUGGGAGUGUUCGAGUACACCCUACACAGACAGCGAUCGCGAGUUACUCCUGAAUGAGGGAGAGGAGAAGGGAGAUGGAGUUGAGGGGAAGAAAUGGACGGCGCACCAGCACCACUUGCACCUCAUCACCUCACUGCUGCCCUCGCUCCUCAAGGCUCCAGCAGAGAGGGAUAUCAGGAUCAUCUCCCUCGUCUCGCCAGCGUAUCCCGCCGCCAUCCCCCGACUUGAGAAGCAGCUCGCCGACUCCUCUUCUGGAGGGAAGGAACCUGGCCCGCUCGAGCGAGCCGGCUCCGAUGGCCUGACCACGUUCUUCAUGAACGCACACUUCCGGCUUAUCCUCGAUGCUCUUGCUAGCGCCUCGUAUGCCAAGAAUGCCGCCCCGGAUCCCUCCGCCCCAGUGCCGCAGGAGAUGAAGAAGGUCGAGGUCACGAGCAACAUCAAGGCGCUGUCGGUAGUCAUGCCCUGGGCGAGGGAUGAGGUGGUGCGCCCAAUCCUGGGUGUUUGGGGCUGGGGGUGGCUUUGGAUGCUAAUCUAUCCCCUCGUGCUCCUGUUCACGCCGGGGCCGGGGAUGGCUGUCCAGAGUGUGCUUUAUGCGCUUAGCGCGCCGGUUCUGUAUGACGGGAAGCAAAAGGCGCUGGCCAAGGAGGAGACGAAGGAGGUGAAGCAAGCGGAAAACAAGGGCAAGAACUCCGAAACCGACGCUUCCCGUGCUGGCGUGCGACAGGGCGACGUCGUGCGCGACUGCGCUGUCAUUGACCUCCCACCUGUGCUCCACAAUAAGGAGAUUGCGCGCGGGACGUAUGACCGUAUCGAGGCCGAGGUUGAGGCGGGCGUGCGAGCAUUCGAGGAGGCUGCAAAGAAGGCUGCUGAGGCGCCGCCGAAGCGCGACACAAAGGUCAAGUUUGCAGAGACAUCCAGCUCGACAGAGAGCGCAGCCAAGAGCACUUGA